AUGGCCGUGUUCGAAGUCAGCACCUUUGUUCUAAAACAGUUGAAGAAUUUUAAUUUCGUCCUCAACUCAGAGCGUUGGAAUUCAAUCCACUCGAUUCAGAUGCGCGGUUACGAGGUGGAGCGAUGGUGCCAUCUCGCGGAUAUCUACAAUUACGAGACUCUGAGGAAUCUGGGUGGAGACCGCAUGUACAUCGGCUUUCUUCCAUCACUGAAGAAUGUUCUCCACAAUCUCGAGCUGCAUGCUGAUCCAUACUGCCCAGCCAUUCUCGUCGACAUAACCGACAUCACCAAACUCACAUCACCCACACGCGCCCCAGUAUCACAAAACCUCUCCUACCCGUUCCUAAACUGGGGACUGAACGACCUAGUCAAGUUCGCGUGGCAAUUCGACGGCACUGAACAGGGCAUUGUAGGCACGGAACUCGUCAUUAUAGAUGAGCAGACACUUGAGGAUAAGACAGUAGUGCUCGUUACGCCAUCCGAGGGCUACAAAAACGUAGAGACGGCGCCUAGACUAACUGCACGAUCGGAUUUCCGCUCUAGUCUCAUCACGCUGAACGUCAAGAGUAUCGGAGUAGGUGGCGAUGAACCGUGGGAGGAAGCGGCGGAGCAGGGUGGACGGGUGAUUAGAUUGUAUGACGAGAAGAAGUUGGAUUAG